AAUAAUCUCCUGAGUGGAGGUCAUUCCAAUACUCAGCCAUUCUCACUUUGACGUGUGCAGACAGACUGCAGUCUCUGGAUCACAACCUGGGAGGAGGGAGAGAGAUCGUGACAUCUCCACUGGUGAAAGUGAUGACUGGUCCACUGUUAGUACUGGAGACGGAGAGUCUACUGAACUUCCCCCAGCUCUGGGGCUGGGUGGAGGAGUUGUGGCAGGCGGAGACCUUAGCCCUGCCCCACCUGCUACAGGCCUCACUGGGACACAGACACAGGCAUGAAGUAUCUGGAGUGGUGAGUCGGGUGCUGGGUCCUGCCAGGUGUCGCUGCGCCGUCUGUCGAGAAGACGAAGUGUCC